AUGGACUGGAGAAAUGAUGAGUCCGACCAUUCAAGCGUUGAAAAUUUUGCAUGGGAUGAGAGAAAUUUUUUGUCCAAGACUAUGAGCGAUAUAUGUUUGUCAGUGACAUUAGGAUGUAACGUUUGCUCUCAAGGAGUACAGGCGAAUUGUAAAGAGUCAAGGAGCUUUACAUCGGCUCUUGAACGUUUGGAACUGGAAGCGGAAAUUGAAUCUGGAAAUGAUACGAUACCGCUUCGACGAACAAGCGAUGCGCAAACUGAUCCUUCCGAUGAUAUUAACCAAGAGCUAUUUGGCUUAAACGCCAGAGAUAUUUUACCCUAUAGAAAAUCUGUUCAACAUUUAGAUAUCUUGAAUUUUCAAGUAUGA